UUUUUAUGUUUAAUUAUUUCAUUUAUUUUUAUACAAAUAAAACAUCCAUUAGCUAUAGGAUUAAUAUUAUUAAUUCAAACUAUUUUAAUUUCAUUAAAUAUUGGUUUAUUAAUAAAAACUUUUUGAUUUUCAUAUAUUUUAUUUUUAGUAUUUAUAGGAGGAAUAUUAGUUUUAUUUAUUUAUGUAACUUCUUUAUCAUCAAAUGAAUUAUUUUCAAUAUCUUUAAAAUUAAUUAUAUUUUUUAUCUUUUUUUUUACAUUAACUUUAUUAACUUUAUUAAUUUUAGAUAAUAUAUUUAUAGAAAAUUUUUCUAUAAAUAAUGAAAUAAAUAUCUUUAACAAAAUAAAUAUAUUUUUAUAUGAAGAUAUAAUUUCACUAAAUAAAAUAUAUAACUUUCCAACUAAUAUAAUUACAUAUUUAUUAAUUAAUUAUUUAUUUUUAACUUUACUAGUAACAGUAAAAAUUACAAAAAAAAAUUUUGGACCUUUACGACCAAUAAAUUAAUUUUAAUUUAUUUAUGUUUAAACCAUUUCGUAAAACACACCCUUUAAUUAAAAUUAUAAAUAAUUCUUUAAUUGAUUUACCUACUCCAAUUAAUAUUUCUGCUUGAUGAAAUUUUGGAUCUUUAUUAGGAUUAUGUUUAAUUAUUCAAAUUUUAACUGGAUUAUUUUUAGCAAUACAUUAUACUGCAGAUAUUGAAACUGCAUUUAAUAGAGUUAAUCAUAUUUAUCGAGAUGUAAAUAAUGGCUGAUUUUUACGUAUUUGUCAUGCAAAUGGAGCCUCUUUUUUUUUUGCAUGUUUAUUUUUACAUGUAGGACGAGGAAUUUAUUAUAAUUCUUUUCAUUAUAUUCCCACUUGAAUAGUAGGAACAAUCAUUUUAUUUAUAGUUAUAGCAACAGGAUUUUUAGGAUAUGUCUUACCUUGAGGGCAAAUAUCUUUUUGAGGAGCAACUGUAAUUACUAAUUUAUUAUCUGCAGUACCUUAUCUUGGAAAUGAUUUAGUUCAAUGAAUUUGAGGAGGAUUUGCUGUGGAUAAUGCUACAUUAACACGGUUUUUUACUUUUCAUUUCAUUUUACCUUUUAUUAUUUUAGCUUUAACAAUAAUUCAUUUAUUAUUCCUACAUCAAACAGGAUCUAAUAAUCCUUUAGGAUUAAAUAGAAAUAUUGAUAAAAUUCCAUUUCAUCCUUAUUUUGUUUAUAAAGAUUUAUUUGGAUUUAUUAUUUUUAUUUGAAUUUUAAUAACUUUUAUUUGAAAAUUUAAUUAUUUAUUAAUAGAUCCAGAAAAUUUUAUUCCAGCUAACCCAUUAGUAACUCCCGUUCAUAUUCAACCUGAAUGAUAUUUUUUAUUUGCAUAUGCUAUUCUUCGAUCUAUUCCUAAUAAACUAGGGGGAGUAAUUGGAUUAGUAGCCUCAAUUUCUAUUUUAUUUAUUUUACCUUUUAUUCAUAAAAAUAAAUUUCAAGGACUACAAUUUUAUCCAAUUAAUCAAAUUUUAUUUUGAAAUUUAACAAUUAUUUUUCUUUUACUAACUUGAAUUGGAGCACGACCAGUAGAAACUCCUUUUGUAUUAACAGGUCAAAUUUUAACUAUUUUAUAUUUUUCUUAUUUUUUUAUUAAUGUUUUAAUAUUAAAAUAUUGAGAUAAAUUAUUAAAUUAAACUUAAA